AUUUCGUCCUCUCUCUUCCCCCACACCCAAUUCGAUCUCGAGCACGUCCGGUGUUCUUUAUAUUCACGAUGUCGUCAGACGAGAUUGUCUGGCAGGUGAUUAACCAGCAAUUCUGCUCGUAUAAACUGAAGACCACCAAAGGCCAAAACUUCUGCCGAAACGAAUACAAUGUGAGCGGACUCUGCAACCGCCAGUCGUGCCCGCUGGCGAACUCGCGGUACGCGACGGUGCGGACAGACCCGGAGACCGGGGCGAUGUACCUGUACAUGAAGACGGUUGAGCGGGCGCACAUGCCCAGCAAGUGGUGGGAGCGGGUGCGCCUGUCGUCGAACUACGCGAAGGCGCUGGAGCAGGUCGACGACCGCCUGAUCUACUGGCCGAAGUUCCUGGUGCACAAGUGCAAGCAGCGUCUCACGCGGCUGACGCAGGUGGCGAUCCGGAUGAAGAAGCUGGCUAAGGAGGAGGAGCGGCUGGGGGAGAAGAUCGUGCCGAAGCUGGCGCCGAAGAUCCGUCGGCGGGAGGAGACGCGCGAGCGCAAGGCGGAGUCUGCGGCGAAGGUGGAGCGCGCGAUUGAGCGCGAGCUGAUUGAGCGCUUGCGCAGCGGGGCUUAUGGUGAUCGGCCGUUGAAUGUGGAGGAGGGGAUCUGGAAGCGUGUGUUGCGGGGCUUGGAGCGCUCUGGUGAGGGUGAGCGCGAUGAGGAUUUGGAUGAGGGAGAGGAGCUGGAUGAGCUGGAAGAGGAGGAGGAGGAGGGCGUCGGCGAGGUGGAGUACGUGAGCGACCUCGAAGGGGAGGAGGAGGACUUGGAGGAUAUUGAGGACUGGCUGGGUGGGGACUCGGCCGAUUCGAGCGACUACAGCGAGGACGACGAGGAUAGCGAUGAGGAUAGCGACGAGGACAAGGACAUCUCUGCCAGCGAUGACGAGAGCAAGAAGCCCAAGCCGGGCUUCAAGCGGAAGCGCCCUGCUCCUCAGGCCAAGCCGCGCAAGAAGGGACCCCGGGUCGAGAUCGAGUACGAGACGGAGGGUGCUGGCAAGGAGCAGAUGCUGGCCUAAUUGGUUGUUUGAUUGGAGGUUAUUCGAAGAGAAGAGAAAAAAGGACAGAAAAGGGGAGAUCUUAUCCAGCGGCGUUAUGGACUGUCAUGUUGUUUUAUAUUGUGUUUGCCUUGACCUUGACUUGUUGGAUGUCAUACCCAUCCUUGCAAUUACUGUUCUAGCAUAUUUCUCUACUGUAGAGAAUGAUUUAC